CAACGGUGUAAAUAAGAGGUCAAAACCUAACGAAAAGCUUUAGACCGUGUGUUGUGUUGCUCCAGAGCUGCUCAUACACUAACAGCAUGUUUUAUUCGAGGCACAAAUUUGAGUCUUUACUUGCCUUUUGUUCAUUUUUCACCGUGUUUAUCCGCUCAGACUGUCUUCGUAGAGUGGUAUGGAUUGAUUGCAGAAGGAUGGGGAAUCUUAUCUCUUCCAGUACUGGGAGUCUCUCCAGUACAGCCUGUGUACAACUUGUUCAGGAGAUGGUGUCACAGAACUGUGUUGUCAUAUUCUCCAAGACCACCUGUCCCUAUUGCAAAAUGGCCAAAAAUGUGUUCAAUGAAAUUGGUGCCAAUUACAAGGUGAUUGAACUGGACCAGCACAACGAUGGGAAGAGACUUCAGGAGGCCUUGGCACAGUUGACUGGUGUCAGAACAGUUCCAAGAGUUUUUGUGAAUGGAAGCUGCAUUGGGGGCGGCUCUGACACCAAGCAGCUCCAUCAGCAGGGAAAGUUACUGCCGCUCAUCGAGCGGUGUUCCCCCUGCUGUGUUACUGAAGGAUCAGGCAGUGGACACUUUGAACCUUCUAAAUGACUAACCGUCAUUGUAGCCUUUUUAAAUCCUCUAUUAUUUAAUGCUUUGCUUAAUUGUAUACUAGAAGUUACACAUUAUUUGAACAUGUCUAUUCUCUUGGUUUAUCAAAGUCAAACAGAUUGUUGAUGUCUAAUUUGCUUAUAUUUUCUCAGAGAUGUGUAGUAUCAGUAUACAUUUUAUUCAAAUCUCCCAUCUUUAAACAUAAGUAAACCCUGAAAGCACUUCUAUUCCUUUGUUGAAUUACAAAAUAAAAGAAAAAAAUAGUUUAAACUUUAAUAUGUCCUGGAUUUGGGAUACCUGGAAAUAUUUAAACACCUGAUUAUAACACACACUUUACUAUGCUGCUAGUCUGCAAAUCUUGGAGAACAACAUUAUGUGUAUUUAAGUAGCUUAUUGUUUUUUGACAUUUUAGCAAUAGCUGUGAAUGUCUGAAUGUUUACUAGAGAAAAGCAUUGAUAAAGAAUCUCCAAUGCAUGUCAAAGGAUUCAGGAGAGCCUAAAUAGGAGAAAAUGUUUUUAUUCCUGUAAAUCGGAUGUAUAUUAUUUAAUAAACAUAAAAAAAGACCAUUC